GCUAACCGGAAAUAAUGUGAACAGGCGGGAAGUUGAAAGUUGAGUAUUUCAAAUAAAAUAAAGAGUCCAUUACGAAGUCAAAUUACUUGUGUUGAAGCCCAGACGCAUCUUCCAUAAGAGCAAAGAUGGCUGACAGAAAUCUUGUGCAGCAGUUGAAACGCUGGGCGACAGAAGAGUUUAAUCUACCCCCGGACAGCCUUCCAAAUGACAGCUAUUUUAAAACGCUCUGUGUUGGGACAGGGAAGUCAAUAUGGAAAUAUGUCAUCCAACACAUCUUUCACCAGAGGAACGUGAGGAUCAUGCGUGGAAAUCUCCAGUGGUACAAAGUUCUUCAAGACAAAGAGUUGACACAGGCUGAGGGCCAGAGUGAGGCUGCUAAGCAGAGAGAACUUCAGAAGAAGAUCGAACAGCUGAGAGCUGAGAUCAGUCACCUGGACUCUCAGAUCAGUGGAACAGAGGAACAGUUGGCUACACAAGAGCAGUCCAUCAGCCGUACCUGGGCCCAGGCAGAGGACAGCCGGCGCAGAGAGCUGCUCCUACAAGCCUUCAGGCGGCGCUGCAUCUUGGAUCGGAAGGUGCUCUCUGAUGACACACAAAAGAUCAGCGCGCACUGCCAGGCACUGGAACAAAUGGCCAAGAAAGCAGAGAUUGAAGUGCUGUUUGAUGAUAAGCCUUCCAGCAGCAGUGAUGGUGACAAACUCAACUCUAAAACUGCAGCGGAGGCACAGGUCCUGCGUGAAGUGAGAGAGUUGUGUGACGACAGGGUGCACUUCUACCAGUCGUUGCAAGAGAGUGAACUGAAGACCACACACUCUGCAGCCAAACAUAUGACUCGUGAACAAAGGGCUGCUGUGUUUCAGUACUGGCUGAGUGCUGUGGAGAAUCUGUUGGCUGGUUAUCCUCCACACCACGUCCUCUCAGCAUUGGAGUAUUUAGCUUCCAGAGAGCAGAAGGAACUCGAGGAGAAACUCGCCUGUCUGGAUGUGACCCGAGAUGUGACAGCUCUACGGUUCCGAUAUGAAAGCAAUCGCCUACUGGACAUGUCAGCAGAGGAGGAUAAUGAGUUGCCAUCAGUGAAGACCCUCUUAGAGGCUGCUUGGGUAGAGGUGGAGCAGAGUUUGGUGGAAUUGGCCCAGACUCGUGCCAGAGUCCAGCAGCUCCGAAGCCAGUUGCAGGCCCGCAAGAAGGAGGCUGAGCUGGAGGUGUCUGGUACUGCGGAUGAGCUCAACAACGAUACCUUGGCAUUGUCAGCUCUAGAGGUGGAACUCCAGUGUGUGAUGCAGGCAGCAGCCAGGGAUCAUAUCAGAGACCAGUGUAUCCAACUUGACCAGCAUGCCAGAAGCCGAGAGGAGGCACUGAGAAACCUCCACAGCCAGUGGCAGAGCAUCCUUGAUUUCAGACAACUAGUGGUUAUGAGACAGGAGCAUAUCAGAAGUCUGAUUAAGGGAAACUCCGCUGCCAAGACGGAGCUGAUCCGUCUGCACACAGAGUUGCAGGAAUUCAUCCAGGGCAAACUGGCACCACAGUUUGAAUAUGUCACCACUGCAACCAACAGUCUAAGGAACUCCAUUUCCAAGGAGGCCAGACAGUUGGGGACGGUUUCCCUUCUUGCUCUGGACCGUAGGACUGUUGAAGGAAUGCAAAGAGUCCCUGCAUCAUGGAUGUCCAUCCAUCGCUUAGAGUCCCCGUCCUUCAGCACCUUGUGUCAGAGCCUGGCAUUUCCAUUGUACAGGGCUCCAGAGGAGUUGUGCUCACAGACGCGUUCACAGCAGCUUGAGCUGCGUUUUCUCCGUCAGUUAAUGCAACUUCACUCUGCUACUCUGCAGAAAUUACAGAAGGAAGCAGAGGUGCUGCAUGCAUCUGAUAAGAAAGCUCUGCUGUCCAGAGUUGUGGAGGAGGAUCAGAAGCUUCUGAAGUCUCUGGUACCAAGAGUCAGAGGCCUCACCCAGCGUUGCGCCCAAGGCCUUUCUUAUGGUGUCCAAGUCAAAACUGCCAUCUCUUAUUGGUGGGAGAAGCCCGCCCAACAUGCCCUACCUGAGCUCAGUAAAGGAGGACUGACUUAUCACCAGUGGCUACAACGGUGGAAACUUGCUGCCAAAGCCUCUUAGGGGACGCCUCGUAGUUUAAAAAUAUAAAGGAGAUCCCUUACAGCACCUUUCAGUGGCAGAAUGACCACGCUGCAGGAGUUAUAAACUGCACAAAUCGAUAUAAGUAAAUCUAACUGUAACUCUACUAUUUUUAUAUUUUUUGUGCUCAUUACUCCUUGUAAAGUUUUAGCAUUCAAAAGUCAGUCACAAAUAAAACAUUUGAAAUGCAUUUUGUUCCUGUCUUGCUUA